CCAGAUGGAGUUGGCGCGCGACGGGAGUGGAUCUGUGGCCCGGGCGGCAGACUGGAUAGGCUGCCUCGCGCUGCCUUGAUGAGCUCGAGCUGGUCCCGCACUCAGCGCAGCAGCCCGUCAUGGGGGACGGCGGCGCAUCCUCGCUGGUGAACCUCCAGAAUGGCUCCGCCGGCAGCGGCGCGUCGGACGCACCGGACUCCGCCGCGUCCGAGCAGUGGAUGGCGGGCAUGAGCCUGGUGAUGGCUCUGAUCGUCCUGUGCAUCGUGUUCGGGAACAUCCUGGUCAUCGUGGCCAUAGCCAAGACGCAGAGGCUGCAGACGCUCACCAACGUGUUCAUCGUGUCCCUGGCGAGCGCGGACCUCAUCAUGGGGCUGCUGGUGGUGCCGUUCGGCGCCGCGCUGGAGGUGCGCGGCUCGUGGCAGUACGGCUCCUUUUUCUGCGAGUUCUGGAUCUCCGUGGAUGUCCUGUGCGUCACCGCCAGCAUCGAGACCCUGUGCGUCAUCGCCAUAGACAGGUACGUGGCCAUCACCUCGCCUUUCCGCUACCAGAGCCUGUUAACCAAAGCUCGGGCCAAGGCGGUGGUGUGCGUGGUGUGGGCCAUCUCUGCGCUCGUGUCCUUCCUGCCCAUCCUGAUGCACUGGUCCCGGGACAGUGUGGACACGGAGUGCUACGACGACCCCGAAUGUUGCGACUUUGUCACCAACAGGGCAUACGCCAUCUCCUCAUCCAUCAUAUCUUUCUACAUUCCUCUUCUGGUCAUGAUAUUUGUUUACGCCCGCGUGUACAGGGAGGCGAAAAAGCAGCUGAGGAAGAUCGACAAGUGCGAGGGCAGGUUUCACAACACCUUAACCGGACUGACCUCCAAGUGCAAGAAGAGGCCGUCCAAAAUCCUGGCGCUCAGGGAGCAGAAGGCGCUCAAGACGCUGGGCAUCAUCAUGGGGACGUUCACCCUGUGCUGGCUGCCUUUCUUUAUAGUCAACGUGGUGCGGGUGUUCAACGCAGAGGUGGUGGACAAGGACCUGUUCGUGUUCCUGAACUGGCUCGGGUACGUGAACUCAGCGUUCAACCCCAUAAUUUACUGCCGGAGCCCGGACUUCAGGAAGGCUUUCAAGAGGCUGCUGUGCUGCCCGAGGCAAGCCGACCGCCGGCUGCACAUCAGCUCCUGCGACCUGUCGCGGUGCUCCGGCGGGUUCGUGACCGCGCUGGAGCCCGGCACGCUGGGGAUGUGGUCGGAUUGCGCCGGCUUGGACAACAGCGACAGCAGCCUGGUGGGGACCGCGAAGCUGUCUCACUCCGAAUCCCAGCUGUGAGGGGAAGACAUGAAACUUUUUUUUUUUUUUUUUUUGAGGUGGAUUACAAAAAAUAAAAAUAAAUAAAAGAUGGUGAUGGUGACAUAAGAAGAGAAGUUUGCGCAAAAGAGGCAUGAGAGGGUCCAUUUUCUUUCUUAAAAAAAAAAAAUCUGCGUAAAUCACCUGACGUGUAUUUUGAAAGCCAU